UGUAUAAGAUUUUGCUAGAAUCUGUUUGUAUAACAGUUUCCAUCAACCUAUGCACUUCAUUCCAAAAUAAUGUUUGCUAAUGAGCUUUUGUUGGUCUUAUCCUUGUUUUUGACAUUGAAAAUGAGGAAUAAUACAUGUAACAUCAAUGUUGUAUUAAUGCAUGUGACGUGUUCACUUCGAGUUUUUAAUGGGGUUGCAUGUACUUUGAAUUAAUAUUCAUAUUAAUUCCUUUCCAAGCUAGGCUUCUAUAUGAGCUUCUUUAUAUAGCAGAGAGUAUUAAUUAGUAGUCUGUUAUAUAUAUAUAUAUAUCUUCAGUUCAUCAACUUUUGGGGUAUUUUAAUUUGAAUUUCAUAAAGAUGAGAAGUCCAAGUCUGAGAGAUCCAGAUCCAGAUACGGACUUGGCUCCUUCAAUGGUAGUGAUUUUAGGGUGUUUUGCUUUUGCAGUCUUCUGGGUACUGGCUGUUUUUCCAGCAGUUCCAUUUCUACCCUUUGGUAGGACUGCAGGGUCCCUAUUAGGUGCCAUGCUCAUGGUUGUCUUCAAUGUUAUAACUCCAGAGGAAGCAUAUGAUUCUAUAGACCUCUCAAUCCUUGGCCUUCUUUUCGGAACCAUGCUUCUAAGUGUUUAUCUCGAAAAAGCCGACAUGUUCAAAUACUUGGGCAAAUUGCUCUCCUGGAAUUCCCAAGGUUCCAAGGAUUUGCUCUGCCGAAUUUGUGUCAUAUCCGCCAUUUCAAGCGCUCUCUUCACCAAUGACACUAGUUGUAUUGUCUUGACAGAGUUUGUCCUCAAAACCGCGUCGCAAAACAAUGUCAGACCUCAUCCAUUCCUGCUAGCGUUGGCCACAAGUGCCAAUAUUGGAUCUUCUGCAACUCCAAUUGGUAACCCACAAAACUUGAUUAUUGCCAUCCUCAGUAACUACUCUUUUUGGGACUUCAUCGUGGGAAUUCUCCCUGCAAUGCUCGUAGGCGUUGCUGUGAAUAUUCUACUACUUCUUUGCAUGUUUUGGAAGUUGUUGUCUGUCAAAAAAGACCAAAUUAGAAGUGCUCCUUCAGAAACCAGCUCUGAGGAAGUUAUUUACCAUCAUUACCCACCUCCAAAUAUGUCACACCUCACGUCUCAGGAAUGGAAUUCCGUAGCUCAAGCUCCGAAUGCUUGGAGCAACCAAAAUUUAGACGGGAACCCAGGUCUUCGCGAAACUCUCAUGAACCAGAAUACUGAUAUUAUGGAGUGUUUGGAAAAUGCAGCUCCGAUACAGACUGUGGAUUGGAAGAGAUUAGUAUGGAAGUCCUGUGUUUAUAUUGUUUCACUAGGAAUGCUGAUUGGGUUGCUUAUGGGGUUUAAUAUGUCAUGGACUGCAGUUACUGCAGCACUUGUUCUUCUAGUCCUUGAUUUCAAAGAUGCCCAGCCAUGCCUAGAUAAGGUUUCAUACUCUCUCCUUCUAUUCUUUUCUGGAAUGUUUAUCACGGUCGAAGGCUUUGACAGAACAGGACUACCAGACACUCUCUGGAACAUCACACAGCAUCAUAUGAGGCUUGAUCACCUUAGUGGCAUUGUUUUGCUUUCGCUUCUAAUACUUGUCCUUUCAAACGUUGUUUCAAAUGUACCUACUGUUCUUCUGCUUGGAUCAAGAGUGGCAGCAGCUGCAGCAUCAAUAUCACCGGUGGAAGAGAGGAAGUCGUGGCUCAUCUUGGCGUGGGUGAGCACCGUUGCCGGGAACUUCACACUGUUGGGAUCGGCUGCAAACCUGAUAGUGUGUGAGCAAGCUCGUCGUUCUGAGUUUUAUGGCUACAGCCUUUCCUUUUGGAGACACCUCAAAUUCGGAGUGCCCUCCACUCUCGUUGUAAUGGCAAUUGGCUUGAAACUGAUACAUGGUUAAGAAUUUCGCAAAACUACAUUUGAUUCAUCACAACCAUUCAUACAUGCACCUCUCAUGCAAGUUCUCCAACAAUUGGACGCGUGGAGAAAUGUGUACUUAGACCCGGUAAGUGAUGAGUAGUGAUACUUGUAUGAAUAUUUAUAAUGAAUUGUUUAACGGAAUAAUUUUUAAUUGGUUA